ACCGGGGCAAUGUCUCUCGAGACACGUUCGAGCUCGGCCCUGUUCAAGCGAGCCGAACAGCUCAAACGUUGGGAACAGUCCGAGACGAAUCGCGAGCCCGCACAACCGCGCCAAGUUGCACGCAAAAUCAAGUUCUCCGCCGAUUGCGUCUUCCUGGCGGCGUGCGCGGCCAGUGACAAGGAGGAGGUCGUGCGUCUGCUACAGAAAGGAGCGGACAUCAACACCGGGAACGUCGACGGCCUCACCGCUUUGCAUCAGGCUUGCAUUGAUGAUGACUUGGAUAUGGUUGAAUUUUUGGUGGAACAAGGAGCAGAUAUUAAUCGUGGAGACAACGAAGGCUGGACUCCUUUACACGCCACGGCGUCUUGCGGAUUUAUAUCCAUUGCCAAAUACUUAAUAGAACAAGGAUGUAAUCUGGCAGCAGUUAAUAAUGACGGUGAACUGGCGCUGGAUAUCGCGGAAAGCGAUGAGAUGGAAGAUAUGCUUCAACAGCAUAUAAAUAAAGCAGGUAUCGAUUGUGAUCAAGCUAGGAGUGAGGAAGAACGAUCAAUGUUGAAUGAUGCGAAAGCUUGGCGAUCAGGUGCACCAGGCAAAGAUUCCAUACACCCCAGAUCAGGAGCCACUGCACUUCAUGUUGCCGCUGCCAAAGGCUAUAUCAAAGUCAUGCACAUAUUACUACAAGCUCGAUGCAAUGUUGAUGCACAGGACUUUGAUGGAUGGACACCUUUGCACGGUGCAGCACAUUGGGGCCAAUUGGAAGCUUGCAAACUUCUUGUUGAGAACGGCUGUGAGAUGGAUAUAAAAAAUUACGCCGGACAAACUGCUUUUGAUGUUGCUGAUGCAGACAUUCUUAAAGCUCUUGAAGAUUUGAAGGAGCAACAAGCACUUAUAGUGAAAGAAAAUCCGCAGACAAAUAAUAACAAAAAGCAAUCGUCUAUACCAAAGAAACGUGUCUCAACAAGCGCUGAUAAUGCACUAGCGGCACAAGAAUCCGUAGAGAUCUUCGAGGAAGAAACGCCAAAUAAAGUCAAGAAGGUUGAAUUAGAGAUUCAAUCCGAUAAAGAAGAUUCCAGCACUAGUACAAACAGCGAUGUUGAAGCAACACGUGAAACACACAUGGAAGAGAGUGAUGGUGAAGGUGAAUCUGAGACUAGCUCAGAAUCACACUCUUCCACUUUCUCCAAUCAAUCUGAUAAGUCUAACCACGCAACAUGUCUUACAGAUGAUGAAAAGAAAAAUAGAGUAAACAAAGAUGAAAAUGCAUCACCCUAUAGUCCAUUAUCUCCAAUCGAAACUAAUAAAGUUCCUAAUCAGGCUCCAGUAUUGCCUCCAAAACAACAGACUGAAAAUAACGAAGAAGGAGUUGUACCAUCUUGGAGACGUUCAGGUUCCUUUCGAAAUAGAGUGCAAAGUACUGAAAUUACUAAUUCUUCACCUACAAAACUUGAGGAUAAGGAUAACAAUAUUAAAAUACCGACAACACCAAACAAAGUCAGUGCGGAGCCCGAUGUGGUACUAAGAAGAACACAUAGUUUUGAAACAGAUGAGAAGUUUUAUAGGCAGUACUUGGCAUUGCGUGCCCGCAUCAAGGCGUUCUCGUGCCCUACCCUCCAUCGCUGCAAUGCAGCUACUCCUACUCAUACCAAUGCUACGACUCGCUCUGCAUCUCUACGCGAAACACACAGAAAGAAAGACGUGAAAUUAAAUUUGGAAUUGUCAAGACUGCCACAAGGAAGCAACACACUUUCACCAACAUCCGCAUCUAAAACAUUGGCCUCGAGUUUAGUGUCAUCCAUCACAACAACUACCACUGCCACUACAACAACAAGUCCUAUUCCAGUUAAUCAAAUUCGCAGUGUUCAACCAGUGGAAGCUGCAUCUACAGUUGUAUCGAAUGCAAAUAAUGCAGUAGCAACUGCUCCUGGAACUCCCACUACACCAGGAGGGAGCAAACUAAGUCCAGGAAAUAUCUUCAAGAAUUUCUUCAAAUCCUUUGUUCCGCCGGUGCGUGAUGAGGAAAGUGAAACUCAAAGAAAAGCUCAUGCAAAGAGAGUAAGAGAGACAAGAAGAUCUACUCAAGGCGUAACGUUGGAUGAGAUUAAGAGCGCGGAACAAUUAGUGAAGAAGAAACAGCAAAAUAACGAGUCGCCAACAGUGACACCGUCCACACAGCCCACAACUACUGUCAGCAAUACAGCUUCGAUCACAGCUACGAUAACAACCGCUACUUCCACUACUGUGACUACUGCAAAUAAAGUCUCGGAAGAAUCUAAUUUACCUGAGAGACGACCAUCUUGGAGGUUAAGGGUAGACAAUGGAAGCAAGUUUCAGUUAGAGGAUGCUAACAAUAAGCCUAAUGAUAACACAACAGCUUAUAUGAGAAGACCGUCUGGUGGAACUGGUGUACCUAGACCAUCGUCAGCGCCAGUGGAAACCAUUGCCACGAGUAGUACAGAAACCACAAUUACUUUGCCUCUUAGAAGAUCAUUAAAGCAACCUGAUGACAAAGAACAAGAUAAAGAAAAUGACAGUAGAAAUGCACAAGCUACACAAGCGGUUAUUCAAAGGAGACGUCGGCCUAAAAGAAGAUCAACAGGUGUAGUCCACGUGGAUAUGGACGAAAUUGAUCCAGAGAAACAAGAUGUAACUGCUGGUGGUGACUGUGACGAUACUAAGGUCAAUCACAAUGAAGUAACACAUACUAAGCCAACAACAGCUGCGGGCCUGAGAGCUCAAGCGUCAAAAAAUGGGCAAUCAAUUUUUGGAAACAGGUCACGGAUCAGUGGAUUACUUUCGUUAAAUCAAAAUAAUUUAACAUUCAAUCCAAGUAGCAGUAGUAGUUUAUUGAGCGUAAAAAACCCAAAACUAUAUUCCGGUUCGAGUUUUCUGAAUAAAAGUACAAAGAGUAGCGAUUUGUUUCGAACAAAUCCGUAUGCGAAAAAUACGAACAGUUCAAAUUAUUCAAAUCUGUUCACGACAUACGGUGGAACAACGACAGGAUAUGGUGGCGUGACUUUACCUUCUCACACAAAUGUCAAUUCUUUGAAUCUGAGUCCAUCUCCUAGUUACAACUAUUUAAACUUAAACUUAAACGCUCGCCCACACGUGAAAAAAACCGAGAGUUUUAACAGAUCGAAAAUAAAACAAAAUCUUAAUAUUGGAUCGAGAAGUUCCAGUCUACAAAGUUUAGCUAGUUCUGAAGGAUACGCUAGUGGAAACGAUCGUUCUGGCAGAACCAAUAGAUUAGGCUCGAUAUCUUCGUUGUCGUCAGAUGCGUCAUCAGCUCCGAUCAGACUAAAAUCCAAUAGUAGCUCCGAAAACGGCGAAUUAGAUUAUAAGAAAUUAUAUGAGGAAUCUCAAGCCGAGAACGAGAGGUUAAAGGAGAAACUGAAGCGUUCUGAUGAACAAUUAAAGGAAGUUAGGAAUUUAUUGGAGAAAGCGCAAACCAGCCAAACUAAAGUAAUUCUUUCCGAAGCGGAGAAAAGAGAGAGGCGAGCGAUGGAAAGAAAACUUUCAGAAAUGGAAGAAGAAUUGAAGGUGAUGGAGCAACUAAAAUGCGAAAAUCAGAGGCUAAAAGAUGAAAAUGGUGCCUUGAUCAGAGUAAUCAGCAAAUUAUCCAAAUAAAUUUUUUGUAGUCCCAACUGCACACCGUAAUGAAAGUUUAAGUUUUAUUAAAUCUAUAUCGAAUGAAUCGCUUUAACUAUAACAGCAUCAUCAUUAUCGCUAGUAUUCUCAUAAAUCCGCAAUUCAUGCUGUCGAAUGAAUUUUUUCUUGUGCUAAUUUAACUUAUUCCGAUAACGAAAUCAAUUAAAUCGCAUGGCUGUGCCAAAAGCGAGAAGAGAUGUUACUCCUAUUCUUAGACUGUGAAUACUUGAUUGUAAAAGACUUAGAGAUGAUUUUACUUUGUGGAAUUACUUUUUACUAUGUCUUGUAGAAAGAUGAAUUUUAUAAAGAAUGAAUUUUAUAAUCCAGUAUAUAUAUAUAUAUAAAAAUCGAGUCAAUGAUUUGUGUGUAUAGUAAAAGAAGAUUCAGAUUUAUUUUAUUCGAUUAUUAGAAAGAAAACGAACUGGACAGUUAUUAUGAACUUUUCGGAAACCGAUCGAAAUCAUAGGAUUUCGACUGACGAGUUUUCGAUCGCAAUAAUUCCGUUUAUGUUUUUGGUCUAUUAUGAAAAUCUCUUUGGAAUCGAAAUAAAAUCGACUUUCCCUGCGCGUUUCAAUAUGCGCGAAAAUAAACGUAGAAAUAAACCGAACAAAAAUAGAAAACGGAUAAUUUUCGUCCAAUCAGAGUACAAAAAGAACACUGAGUUUAAACUUCACGUGCGCCGAAAAAAAUAACCAGUAAAAGCACAGACUUUUGCGUUACAAUGAUUUCAUGCAGAAAUCUGUGUUUAAAGGCCUGUAAGCAAAAAUUUAAGCAAUAAAAUGUGAACAUUAAGCAAGUCAUCUGAUAUUAUAGGCUAGCAUUUUUUCAAGUGUAAACUACGUUCAAAAUACCGUUCUAUGAUUUUAUUGAUUUGCUUAUUGCUUAAGUUUUUGCAUAUGUCAUUGGCCUUUAGCUUCUUUGCUUCGGUUGUCAACAUUGACAAUUUCUAUAAUCGUUCCGGAUUGUUUCAGAAUGUUCAUAAUAGAAAAACUGACCAAAUUUGAAAAAUUUCGAUCUGAAACGAUUCCGAUUAUAUGAUAACUGUCCUAUUAACUUUUGUGAGCCGUUUUCUUUUUUAACAAAUCACGAUAUUACUGUUGAUUCUUUGUAAGGAAAUUUUGUAAAUACAUUAUAGACAAUGGUGAUGUGGCAUUUUGGUAAAGAGAGUUUUUAACCGCAGAGCAAGUCUCUGAUGCCCUCUGCAUACAAGCAAGUCUACAGUGAAUCGUAAACAAAUACGUUCGCAUCAUCGAACAAUGCAAUAAAUGAUACGUCUGUUGUGCUUGAUGAAAUUAUGCAGGUAGUAAAAGAGUCAGAAAACAAUGACUUUUAAAUGCUACUCAAGUGGCCUUUCUUUGAAGACUGCAGUUUAUAAAUCCUUCCAUCAUUGCCAUUUUGCAGUAUAGGCAGAAACAAUUUGACACAUAUAUAAAUAUAUAUAUAUAUACAGAAGUAAAUGUUUUUAAUUACUCUGUAACAUACUACAUAUAUAAUUA